GGAAAGAAGGCGUUUCGUUGCUAAGGGUAACCGUGAACGCUCAAGUAAACGGUAAGCAGCGGCGGGGAGAAACAGCUCAAAAAGUGCAGAAAACAUGGAUUUCAGUAACUCCUCAAUCUCAGAGGAAAUCAAACAACACGCACCUACCAUGGACACUGAUUUGUCUGCACCCGGAAAUGAAGACAUUGUUAGCAUAUAUCAAAGACCAGCUGGUCUUUCGUUGGAGGUUCCUGAAGACUUCGCAUUUUCCUCAGAAUUUGCUGAGCUUGAGGAGCAGCUGAAACCAACAACACUAACAAAUGGGUCAGAUGAUGUUUUCCGGCUGUUGGAUGACAGUGAAUCUGUAGAAGACCGUACCGCUCACUGGUUUUUACAAAGCUCUGAUUCUGAUGUUGUGGAAGGCGACUGUGAGAGCAAACCCAUACUGACCAUUGCUGGAGCCAAACAGCAUACCUCAUUAAGACCAGACACGAACCACACAAAGUCCACUGCUCCCAUCCUCUCAUUUGCAAGACUUGACCAGUGGGACUUGGACAAUGUCCUCAAAAAAAUAAAAUACAGCAACAUGUCGGUAGAGCAGGGUAUUUCAGCUGGGACUGUCAAAUCACAUGCAGAUGGUGACAAGAGACAACAUGAGGUGAAUCUGAUGGAAAGACUCACUGCUCUCUGUCACCAACAGUCUGUGUCAGCUCCUGUGGAAAAGCCAAACUCUGUUAGACAAAUGAAUGUACGGAACAAAUCACUGGAAAAGAUGGAAGCAGAGCUGCAGCUGAGUCACCAGGAGCCUCCAACUGUCUAUCUUGACUUGCGAUGUCAUGAUUCUUCAGUGAAACCCGCAAAGACCUCCCUGAAUCUUUCAUCAGAGUUCAUAUUGCCUGAAAAUGACAACACUGCAAAGGAAAAAGCAACGUUGAAGAAGCAUAACCUUAAAGAACUCACAGGAUCCCAAACGGAUGGCAGGGAUGUAACCUGCAAGAGCACAUUACUUAAAAAAAUGCGGGAAAUGAGGAGAAAUGGAAAUAACCCUUCUGACAAAAAAACUGAUCAUCUAAAAGCCGAGGAUAAGAAGGAGAAGCCAACUCGCACAGAAGAGUCUAUAUGUAGCCAUGACUCACACCAUCUGUGGGUUGAUGAGCACUCUUCACUUCUGGAAAAGUCCAGAAAACCCCAAAUGGAAAGCCCACUGAGCCCACUGUACACUAAAGAUCAUUCAUUUAAGGACCCACAAUGGCAGAGUGAAGAAGAGAAACGAGGCGUUAGCCAUCUAGAGAAAGACCAAGAGAUCCAGAAGGAGCCGCAACGCCAUCGUCCAGACAGAUCUGUGUACCUGCAACCGUCAGCUGCAGACAGGACAGAUGUUCUUUAUGAGGAAGAAAUUUCUCAUCGAGAGCCAAUAAGAACACUACCAGACAAAAUGGAGAGCCAGGACUGGGUGUUCCUGACAGUCAGCCUUUCCGGUCCUGGAAUGGUGGAAAGCGUGAACGUUCCUACUGGAAAAAGAAAACAUCUGUUUUCAUCUGAGACUAAAUCCCACAUCUACAACGCUCUAGUGGCCUGGUUUUUGUCUUUGGCGGGCCCGGGCCACACGGAGGAUGCGGCUGGCGCUGAGGUACCGUUCAAGGUUGCAGGACUUCAACAGCUGAGGACCGAACAUGGACUGGUUUUGCAUGUUUUAGCAGUGACUCAUCACCGCUCCACACCACAGAGAAGAGACGAACAUGUCGCUGCGUCUUUCUACACCCACGUCUGCAGAUUCCUGUCCAACACCUCACUAACUGCAAUUGGAAGCUGGUUGCCUCAGCUCAAAGACCUUCUGGACCAGCAACCCUUCACCUCACCUAUCCACCUCCCUUCUUCCUGUUUGAACAGCUUCAUCUCUGCCACCUCCAACAAAAAAGUUAUAGAAAACACAUUUGGGCUCAAUCCAGGGUUUUACUGGCAUACAGUGGAAACUCCUGAACUGGUUUUUAAGACGGAAGAGUGCAAACAAGAAGUCCACACAGAGGUGUCAGUUGCUUUGGGGAGCAGUGACUUCUAUCAAAAUCCUCUAAUAACAAACUACACCCUCCAUCUGGUCCUCGAUUCAGGACUCGAUGUGUGUGGUCUGCGGUUGCUUUAUCCACACCAGGGGCUCCUGAGUGAAAGUGGUUUUCAGGUCGAUCAGGGCGAGCCACACCAGCCCGUCGUUGCCCUCGCUGUCCGAGGUCCUCAUGCCCAUUCAACGAUCAGGAACAUAACCAAGUCUUUACAUCCUCUGCUGCUCAAGAAUACGGUUCAAACUUCUGCCGGUCUUCUGGGCUGUAGAAAUCAAGGACCUUCCCUCCUAUGCUGCCCUCAGCUGACUGGUCAAGUCCACAGGGAGCUGUGCUUGUGGUUUGCAGGAAGAAUUCAAGGCAGAGGUGCCCAGAAUCCCAACCAGUAUCCAAACAGAGGUGCAUCUUCAGAUGACAGCCAGCCUGAUUUGAGCAGUUCGUCUUCUUGUCUAUGUGCCGCGAAAAAAGCGGACUCACUUCUCACAGUUUCCCCCGCUGUGCCUCCACGCUUCUACGGACAGGUGCUGCUCACGUGUGAGCGCAGAGGCUUCGUCCUCAUGGGGCUGCAGAGGCUGCGGCUGCAGCCCAACGCCGCCGGCGCCCUGGGACUCAGCAGCCAGCAGAUGAGUGCCUUCUGCGGGCCCUCGUCUCCCAGCGCGGAUCAGGCGGAGCUAAAAAGCUCGCUGUGCCUGGUGUUACUACUGCGGAGGGAGAACGUAUCACGCCACAGCGCCACUCUGCCGUCAGCCCUCAUGAGAGAAUUCAGGGAUCAAAAGCUGCUGGGUGGCUUGUACUCAACAGAGCCAAACCUCUGUUUCCACACUGUUCCAUACAACAAGAACUUGGACUACAACUAUGUGAGGCGUAUGUGGACCGUUCCGAAUCCUUCAGGUGUGAUCCUCUCACGUCAGAAGUGUUCGUCCCCGCGUGACGUGGAGCAGGUGGUGACUCUGACCCUGAGUGGGACGGACAUGAGCCAAAACCUGAAGCUUUUACACAGAGUUCUCACUGAACGACCGGAGGGGGACCAUCAACAUGCUGGGUUUGAGCUUCUGGGCCUGAAGUGGCUGCCUGUGCUGACUCGUGUUCAGGCCCAGGAGCUCAGUCCUUACGAGGUGGGACAGCAGCUCUUCUCCAGCAGUGUCGAUCACCUGAUGUCCUCACCGGCUCUGGUGUGUGUUCUGAGAGCGAUGGAUGCCUUUUCUUCGAUGAGGAAGCUGCUACCGCAGGAACACCCUCACAGCCUGGCCGCUCUGAUGUCCCCCACACCAGAGGUGGCUCUCAGGCAAGCCUCCCUCUUCUUCUCUCAGCACGAAAUCAGCCUCUGCCGGCAGUCUGUGUCGUUCACCGUGUGCCUGUUCAAGCCCAAAGUCUGGAGCGGCGCUCUGGUAAAAAUAUUCAGCAAGUUCCAGCAGAGCGGGCUCACGCUGGUGGGUCUGCGGGUCGUGACCCGAGACAAAAAGGACGUGGGCUCGGAGGGUCAGCGGGCCCUGGACCCCGGCUCCCUCGCUCUCUGCCUCCAGGGCCAGAAUGCCGUGAAGAGACUGCUGGACGUGCUGCGCCGAGAAGACCGGUCUCCGUGGUUGACCUGCUAUGGAUCAAGAUCGUACCAACAGGCAGCCGAGGAUGUGAAAGCCCUUUUCCCGGAGGGGGUGUGCUGUACUGAGACCAGCUCCAUGAGACAGGAACAGAUACUGAGUCUGUGUUCGGACCCCGUGGCCUCUGCGGAGCGCAAACAGAGCUGGACACUGAAUACAGCACAGACAAGCCUGACCACACCGGGACCACCCGAAGGUUCCCAGGUACACAGAGCCCACUGGCAGACAACCUGUUUGCUAAUACCCUUAAAAGCCAAACAACAGGAGCACAUGAAUCCCCAGCUGGAGAUUGUGGAGCAGCUGCUGAGGUCGGGCUGCCAUCUGGUGGCAGGACGACUCAGCGUGCUGGACAGCAAACAGCGGACACACACCGCUGACACACUCAAACGGUCACCAGGGGUAAGAGAGAUGAUGGCUCAUGUUAACAGAACCUGUUGGCUCAUCGUGGCUCUUCAAGGGGAAAUGAUAGUGCUGGGCCUUAGAGUGACCCUGGAAAGAAUUUACAGGGAGAGACCAGACCUAGAACAGGUGGGAAAAGAGAUGGUAUACCCUGAGAGUGAAAAUGAGGCCAAACAACUGACACGUUACCUGUUCGAUGCCUUGUCCCCUGAGAGCUGCGAUACCAUCGUACCAUAAAUGUUUGCUCAUCAAUCUCAUCCUCUAAAGAUUAUGCAACGCCUCUCUGCACAGCUAAAUUUAUGCCAUGCCCCUCGACUUUUUCAGACAAACCAGUUGUUCGACAAUCAGUCACUGAACUUUGAUAAAUAGGUUUGUCAAAAGUGUGGUUCUCUCUG